UAUUUUCCCCAACAGACGUCGAGGAUAACGACGAAAGUCAACGUCCACAUAUCGCAACACAACAACAUAUAAUACCAACUAUACAACGACCUGUACGAAUACAUACAUAAUCAUAACCAUGGUCCAAAAAAGGAAGCGCAGCAAUGUCGAGGAGGAGCCCACCGAGGCGUCCGUCCAAGCAGCAAUCGAGGCUUCCCCAUCUCGCUCACCUUCCCCUCCUCCCCCAGCCGUCGCUGGCGACCUCGCAAACCUGCAGUUACCCCCCGCGACCACAGGCGACGACCCGACGACCUUUGCGCAGUUGAACCUCUCCCCAAAAACCGCGGCUGCUAUCGCGGAAAUGGGCUUCACUACCCUGACGCCGAUCCAGCAGAAGUCGAUCCCACCCAUCCUGGCGGGGCGUGACGUGCUUGGCGCUGCGAAGACUGGUUCGGGAAAGACAUUGGCAUUUUUGCUGCCGGCGAUCGAGAUGAUGCAGGACCUGAGGUUUAAGCCUAGGAACGGAACUGGUGUGAUUGUGGUAUCACCGACGAGAGAGUUGGCGCUGCAGAUGUUCGGUGUUGCAAGAGAGAUUAUGGGCACGCAUUCGCAGACGUGCGGUAUUGUGAUGGGUGGUGCCAACAGAUCCGCUGAGGCGACAAAGCUGGCGACGGGAAUCAACCUUCUGAUCGCUACCCCAGGGCGCCUGCUCGACCACCUCCAGAACACGAAGGGAUUCGUGUACAAGAACCUGCGAAUGCUCGUCAUCGAUGAGGCUGAUAGGAUCCUCGACGCCGGUUUCGAGGAUGAGAUGCGAGCCAUCGUCAAGAUUCUGCCAGAGUCGAGACAAACUGCUCUUUUCUCUGCGACACAGACGACCAAGGUUGAGGACCUCGCGCGAGUGUCGCUCCGCCCAGGGCCUCUGUAUGUUAACGUUGAGGAGGAGACCAAGCACAGCACCGUUGAGGGCCUCGAACAGGGCUACAUCGUGUGCCCGUCUGAGUUGCGCUUCAGGCUGCUAUUCACAGUGUUGAAGAAGCACCUUGCGAAGAAGAAGAAGAUCAUUGUCUUCGUCUCGAGCUGUAACUGCGUGAAGUACUACGAGGAGCUGCUCAACUACAUUGACCUCCCGGUCUUAGCCCUUCACGGCCAACAAAAGCAGCAGAAGCGGACGGCAAAUUUCUUCAGUUUCGUGAAUGCAACUGAGGGCGUGCUUAUCUGCACUGAUGUCGCUGCGCGUGGUCUUGAUAUCCCGGCCGUAGACUGGAUCAUCCAAUUCGAUGCCCCUGAUGAGCCCCGCAACUACAUCCACCGUGUUGGCCGUACCGCCCGUGGCACCAACGGCAAGGGAAAGUCCUUCCUCGUCCUGCACCCCAGCGAGGUUGGCUUCAUCCAAUACCUCACCACCGCUCGUGUCCCGCUCGUCGAGUACAACCUCCCGAAACUCAUCAACAUCCAGGCGCAGCUCGAGAAGCUGAUCUCGUCCAACUACUACCUUAACCGCACAGCGAAGGAGGGAUUCCGCAGUUACCUGGCGGCGUACGCGGCGCACAGCUUGCGCACGGUGUUUGAUGUGCAGAAGUUGGAUUUGGCAGCUGUGGCGAGGAGUUUUGGGUUCACGACACCGCCGAAGGUGGAUAUUGUGUUUGGAUCGAGGAUGGCGAAGGAUAAGAGGCCAUUGAAGAGGAGAGCGUAUGGAAGUCAGCCAAGGCAGAAGGCUUAGAGGGGUUGGUUUGGUGAUGG